AUGUCUUAUCAAUUUGUAAUUGUAGGAGCAUGUCUUUCAGGAUUGAGUAAGGCUUUUUUCAUUAAGCAUUUGUUUCCCAAGGCUAAAAUAACUCUUAUUGAAUAGUCUAAUAGAAUAGGAGGAAUGAUUCAAACAAGAAAAGAAAAUUAAAAUUAAUUUAUUUUUGAGGAAGGACCUCAUUCAAUUAAAAUAGGAAGGUAUGAUAGACCAUUAUUUUAUAUGAUUGAUAAAAUUGGACUUUAUCCUGAAUGUAUAGAAUUGAAAUAUUUUAGUGGUAACAAGUAUCCAACAACCAUAUAAUUAUAUAUAUUGGAAAGAUGAAUUAAAGAGUGUCCCAUAAAGAAUGAAUUUUGAAACUAUUUCAAGAUUUAUCAAGGAUCAUGGGAAAGAGGAAUUACUAAAUUUAAUUAAAGCUUAUCCUAAAUUAUUAUUAAAUAAGUAGGUGACUGAUAAUUUGGGAGAAUAUUUAGAUGAAAUAUUAGGGAAGGAACUGACAAAAAAAUAUGCUGAAACUGUUUAUUAUGGAAGUUAUGGAGAAUCUGUUUAUAAUUUAUCAAGAAAUAUGUGUUUUGAUAAAAUUUACAUGCAAUCUUAUGAUGAAGUUGAAUUAAAGAAGGAUUUAAUUUAUGAUAAAGAAUUUGAAUAAAUAAGGGAUAAAAAAUUAAGAAAGGGUAAUAAAUAUAAUUUUUAUAUAGCAAAGCGCAUAGCUAUAGAUUUACAUAUGGAUUGGAAUCAUUACCAAAACGAUUAUUGAGAUAUUUGAAAGAUAAUUUAAGAGAAAAUUUUGAAAUAUAUUUAGAUACAAAAGUAUAAGAGUUAAAUAUAGAAUAAAAAGAAUUGAUAAUUGAAAAGGAAGAUAAAAAUAUUUAGAAAAUUUAUUAUGAUAAAUUGUUAUUAAAUGUACCUUCUUCAUAAAUAGCAACUAUGAUUUAGAAUUAAAGCUUAGAUAAGUUAAAAGAAGAUUUAAAGAAGAUAAAAUAUACUUCAUUAAUAACUAGAAAUAUUUGUUGGGAUUAAAAGAUAUUACCUAGAAAUGUAUGAUAAUUUGUUAUUAUUAAAGUUUAGAGGUUCUGGAUAUUUAAUAAAUCCUAAUGAGAAUAAAAAUAUAUUAGGAAUGGUAACAGAUUCAUUAUAGUUUCCAAUGUAAUACCCUUAAGAUUCAACAAGUGUUACAGUAUUAUCAUUGAAAGAUGUUGAAGAUGAUUAGAUUCUUAAAGAGUUGAGUAUUCAUUUAGGAAUGAAUAUAUAGGACCCAAAGAUGAUAAUUAAAAAAAAUUGGAUGGAUUGUUGGAUAAAAUGGAAUCCAGGAUAUUUUGAUAAGAUGAUGAUGAUUGAGAAGGAAUUAGAAGAGAAGAGUAUAAUAAUAGGUGCUAAUCAUUUUACAAUGUCUAUACCAGAAUUAGUCUAUUUGUCAUAUAGUAAGAUGAAAUAAUUAUAUGUGUGA